AUGGAUUUUGUGAUGAAGCAAGCGCUGGGCGGGGCCACCAAAGACAUGGGGAAGAUGUUAGGUGGAGAGGAGGAGAAGGACCCUGAUGCCCAGAAGAAGGAGGAAGAGAGGCAGGAGGCGCUCAGACAACAAGACGAGGAGCGAAAGACCAAACAUGCUCGUAUGGAGGCCGAGAGGGAAAAGGUCAGACAGGCCAUUCGAGAUAAGUAUCAGCCAUUGAAAACUGCUUAUGAUGUCUUUGCUCUUUAUUGCACAGGGGCCACCAAAGACAUGGGGAAGAUGUUAGGUGGAGAGGAGGAGAAGGACCCUGAUGCCCAGAAGAAGGAGGAAGAGAGGCAGGAGGCGCUCAGACAACAAGACGAGGAGCGAAAGACCAAACAUGCUCGUAUGGAGGCCGAGAGGGAAAAGGUCAGACAGGCCAUUCGAGAUAAGUAUGGACUAAAGAAGAAAGAAGAGAAGGAAGCAGAGGAGAAAGCGGCUAUGGAACAAGCGUGCGAAGGCUCCUUGACUCGCCCCAAAAAGGCCAUCCCAGCAGGCUGCGGGGCAGAUGACGACGAGGACGAGGAGAGCAUUCUGGACACCGUUCUCAAAUUCCUGCCCGGGCCUUUGCAGGACAUGUUUAAAAAGUAACAGACACAAAGCUGUUUCUCAAGAAAGAUGGGUGAGGGGGGAUUUUUGCCAAACAGGUGAAAGGCUUUUCACUGCCUUGACGGAAUUUUAUUUGUUCCCUUUCUUAUGGAUAGAUACACAAAUCAUAACCCGACAACGUUUGCUCUUUUCACUGCCAUUCAGGUUUGUUCAAAUUGUUUACACUUUCUAUAGAUCUCUGUGUUUGUUUACUGAUCACCAGGGUCUCUGAUGCUGCCUUAGGUACUCAACGAUCAGCCCCACAAUAACAGCACAUUGAUACUGAGCUCUGGCACUGGGAAUAUGAUGCUUACUAGAUUUAUUUAUUUAAAACACAGUGGGGUCAGAGCAUUUUAAAACUGUAGCUUGAUAUAACUGUCCCUUCUUUCACAGAAGAAUUGUCAGUGAAAUGCAGUAUGCUUUAGUUGCAUGAGGUCAAAAUAUUACCUUACCUUAUUAUCUGAUGAAUCACGUUUGCCAUCAGUGAAUUUGAUGAUACGUUGCCAUAUGUAAAUAUGGGAGAUGCUGAUACACUUGCCACGUUUGACCACCUGAAUGCUCAAAUGGUUUGCUGCCUGACAGUUCUCAUUUAUUUGUGACGUAUUGUUAUUUAUUUUGAUUCUUUCUCUAUUUUUGUUAGUGUGAAAUAGAACUUGAGAUGACCACAAGUAAUAUUCACAUUAGCCUUGCCAGCAAAAGCUCAGUAAGUGUCUCUGAUUAUCAUUUUACAAACUGGACCAAAUUCUCUUUACAAGUAAGAGUUAUUCAAGAUCUCCAAACCAUACAGUCAGUCAGUGUUUCACAGCAAAUUCAUCAUUUUCAAAGAAUGCAGAUCUGAUGUUCGAUCACUCACACAUGACAAUCAGAAAUGAAGUGGUCUCAUCAUUGUAUGUUUGUUAUUUGUGGGCUUCACAUCCAAAUUUUAUUUAGACAUGGCUCACAAAAAUAUUUGGGAUGUUCCGCAAUGUUAGAAUACCUGCCUUAGCUGAAUAGGAUGUGAAGGUCUGACUUGACUUGCAAUGUGCUUUUUAGAAAGAAAAAAAAAAGUAGGUAAUUGUAACAUUAAAAAGCAAAAAACAAGCCUAUGUAUAAUGAAUUUAGUAUUAUUGCAUAAAGUGCAGACAUUGUUUUAUAUUGCAGCCAG